UUCGUUCGAAAAUGGCAAAUGGCAACGCUGAUACAUACGUUCUCUGGUGCAACCUUGUCCAACAAAGAUUAGGAAACAUAUCUUGCUGAACUUAAUUGCUGAAUACUGCUGAAUCAUACAAAAUUCAAAAAGGCUUCAGCGGCUUGUGUCAACGUCGAUUUUUCAGAAUUUGUGAUUGCAUUGUUUAGUGACUUCUUAAUUAUUGUACUAAUAGAAAGAAAACAAGUUAAUUUUUGAUAUAUAGUUUAAAACGGCAUUGCGACUAAAAAAAAUAAAUUAUUUGGUAGACAUAGAACGAAGGGCCAAAAUUAAAGUCCUAAAAAUCAAAUGGAUCCUUUUACGCAGCGAAUGUUAGAUAAAGCUGAGCAGCGAAGUCGUGCAUUGGGCAUUAGUAACGCAGGCAAAUAUCCGCUUGCUGAAUUUACCGAAAGUAUUAAUGCCAGUAACCCGAUCGAUGCUAUAGCAACAGGAAAGGAGCAACAAUCUUCGCACCUUCAGCAUGCUGGUGCAAGGCAACAGCAUGGUACUCAGUCUCCUAAGUCGGCCCCAGCGCAAGCGUCGACAACGGCAGGAAUCACCAAUAAUAUAGAAAAUUGUACAGGCGUCAGUAAUAGGCUGCAAGUCGUCGAAAAACCUACGGUAGAUUUAGUGAGUACGUCGACCAAUGCCAAAAGAGUUCAUCGUCAAUUCACAGCAGUUGAUAAGGAAAAUAUGGAUUUGGGAAUUGAAAUUAACAUUAUGACGGAUAAAGACGUGGAAGUGCAGGUUCAGGUGGAAGAACAAGAAAUAGUUAAGGAUGGCCCCGAUACCAGUUCAGAGCAUUCUUUGGCCAAAAUAAGGGAUACAUCACGUAGUCGAUUGCAACGCCUCGGAGCUCUAUAUGCGAAUCCAAACGAUCUCUCAUCUCCAAUACAUCGUACUGAGGGUAAUUUCUGUGCGGACUCACCUGCUGAAGAAACUGUGGAAAAUAGUAUUAAACGUGUCAAACAACGAUACGGAAAAUUAGCCGAACUUGCGAGUUCUAUAAAUGAAUGGGAGGACGACAUUUCUCACCACGAUCCACAUCCGAUCAGUAUUAUGGCACCUCCCAAACCAGAUUUGCCUAGUAGAAAAAUUUCGGAUGUGCCCCCGCCUAAGCCUGCACUGCCANUGCUGAAUUUACCGAAA